GGCUCCCGGGAGAUCAACCCGAGGUGCACACUGGGAAAACACGUGUGUACAGAGAGCUGCGUGCAGGUGUCGUGAUGGCAUCCAACAAGAGAUCAGCGGGGGACGAGCGGUUCCUUCGGGUGCAGAAGGACCCUCGGUUCUGGGAAAUGCCUGACAGAGAGCGUAAAGUGACGAUCGACCGGCGCUUCAAGUCCAUGUUUCACGACCGCCGCUUCAAGACCACCUACACCGUGGACAAGCGGGGCCGCCCUAUCAACCACAGCUCCACCGAUGACCUGAAGCGCUUCUACCAAGUGUCUGAUUCUGAGGAGGAAGACCAGGAGAAGGACAAGAAGAGCAAAGUGAAGCAGAGCAGAGCACCAAUUCAUGAUGGGAAAGGAGAAGUUGAGGAUGAUGAUGAUGAUGAUGAUGAUGACGACGACGACGACGAGGAGGAGGAGGAGGAGGAAGAAGAAGAAGAGGAGGAUGAGGAGCAGCAGCAGUUUGGCGCGGGAGGAAGCAGCGAGGAGGAAAUCAGUGACGAUGAGUCUGAGGACAGCGAACCUGAUCUGGCCCGAGGGAAAGGCAACGUGGAGACGAGCUCGGACGAAGACGAUGAAGACGAGGUGGACGACAUCUUGAGGAAAGAGGAAGAGGAAAUCGAACACGACUGGGGCGAAUUGUGCAAAGACGCUCCGCGGAGCGAUGAGGUGUCUGUGCGUCUGGCGGUCUGUAACAUGGACUGGGAUCGAAUGAAGGCCAAAGACCUGCUGGUCCUGUUCAACUCCUUCUGUCCGAAAGGAGGCGCUGUGCUGUCAGUGAAGAUCUACCCUUCACAGUUUGGAAAAGAAAGGCUGAAGGAGGAGGAGACGAAGGGUCCACCGGAGCUCAAGGCAAUACCCGACGACUCAGAGGAUGACAACGAGGAGGAGAGAGUUUACAGAGAAAAGAUGCGAGACUACCAGUUCAAGCGCCUGAAGUAUUUCUACGCCGUGUUGGAGUGCGACUCCGUCAACACCGCCGCCCGCAUCUACGAGGAAUGUGACGGCUACGAGUACGAGAGCAGCUGCUCCGUCCUGGACCUGCGUUUUAUCCCUGACGACGUGACGUUUGACGAGGAGCCCCGAGACGCGGCGUCAGACGUGAACGUGUCUUUAUACGAGCCCAAACUCUUCACUUCGUCCGCCACGGCGACCUCCAAGGUCCAGCUCACGUGGGAUGAAACCGACCACGAACGCGUCAGUGCCCUCAAUCGGAAGUUCAACAAAGACGAGCUGCUCGACAUGGACUUCAAGGCCUACCUGGCCUCCUCCAGCGAGGAGGAGGAAGAGGAGGAGGAGGAAGACGACAGCGGCAGGGCCGAAGGUCAGGGAGAAGACAAAGAGGAGAAGAAGAAAAAGAAGAGCGAGGAGCAGAUCUCCAGGUACAGAGAGCUCCUCAAAGACCUCCAGAACAAGGAGAAGAAGGAGGACAGAGACAUGGAGAUGGAGAUCAGCUGGGUCCCAGGCCUGAAGGAGACGACAGAGCGGCUGGUGAAGAAGAAACUCGAGGUCAAGGAGCAGCAGACGCCAUGGGAGGAGUUUCUGCAGAAGAAGAAAGACAAACAGAAGAAGAAGAAGAGUGAAAGGAAGCGAGCCGAUCAGGACGACGUUCUGAGCGACGACGAGCUUCCCGACGACGUCGACCUCAGCGACCCCUUCUUCUCUGAGGAACUCCGAGGCACAGGGCGGAAAAAGAAACAGAAGCUGCAGCAGGAGAAGGAGGAGCGCUCGGCUGAGGAUGAAGAGCAGCUGCAGAAACAGAAGGCUGAGAUGGCGCUGCUGAUGGACGACGACGAGGACGACCAGCACAAACACUUCAACUACGACAAGAUCGUGGAGCAGCAAAACCUGAGCAAGAAGAAGAAGAAGAAGCUGCUUAAGAAGCGAGGAGAGCAGGAGGCGCAAGAGGAAGAGGACCGCUUCCAGGUGGACGUGUCAGACUCCCGGUUUCAGGCCCUCUUCACGUCUCACCUCUUCAAUCUGGAUCCGUCGCAUCCGAGCUUCAGGAAGACCAAAUCCACUCAGAGCAUCGUGGCCGAGAAACAGCGCCGCCGGGCACAGCAGGCCACGGCCACAAAGAGCAAGGCCACGCCCACACCGAGCAAGGCCACGCCCACACCGCAGGAGGCCGGGGCGCAGCAGGGAUCGGAGCAGGAGGCUCCGACGGCGAAGAAGGCGGCGAUGGAUCCCAGCGUGUCGCUGCUCGUCAAAUCCAUCAAGAGCAAAACGCAGCAGUUUCACUCCCGCAGGAAGUUCGCCAAGAAACUCUAAUUUAUUAUUUUGUCGGAGGACUCAAACGUCUCGUCUGCA